AUGGCUCCUCCCGUGCUUGUGGGGUUAUCCGACGGAGCCCGAUGGCCCAUUGCUCUGUUCCUCGCUAUCGGUGAAGUUAUUAAACCCCAUGCCGGAAGUAUGCUGGUUGUAGAUUUUCGGUACCGCGGCACUCUCAUAGCAUUGCUUGCUCACUUAUUUCUAACUCAUGACUUCCCACCUACCUCAACAGUCGUAAGCUUUGAUAUGACAUCAAUUGAUCCUAGAGAAUACGCAAACAUGACCACACAAGCAAUUGACGCUCCCCCCAGUCUCCCCGUGCCAAAUCAACAAGUGCAUGCACCGGGCGUCUACUUGCUAAAUCCCCUGUCACGCCUCGGCUCGGGUCCUGGUAUGAUCAUACUGACUUCUGGGAGAGACCUCGGAGGUGUGCGUCUAGACGACGGAGUCCCUUCACCGUUUCUGAAGUGGGCUGAGGAGGGUUAUGCAGUGGUGGCAGUGUGCUUAGGUGCUUUGGAGGGCGGUCAGGAUGGCAUAUCCUCUGCCCUUGAAGCGUUGUCCGGUUGCAACAUGUGCCAACCCAAGGGAAAAGUUGGACUUAUCGCAUACGACCCCGAGGCAUGGUUGAAGGUCACUGCAUCAGCGCACGCUCACCAUGAGAUUGUGGGAGCGGUGGUCUAUGGGAAUGUGGAUUUGCUGAUUCCCAAACCUGUCUUCCCAAUGCUUCAGCACCUGGCAGGAGCAUCUACGACAGCCAAAAUCGUGUCCAAUACUGGAAAUUCUGAGGCGUACGGAUACGCAGCUGUCAGUACAUAUGAGUUUGCGACCCCUUUCCAGCCGACGUUCGACUAUACCGCCGAGUCUGUAUCCCACACACGGAACCUAAGCUUCCUGAAACCCUUAAUAGGAGGCCCAUAUUUUGAUCUGGAGGCCAUCUGGGAAGAACAUACGUAUCAUGAGUUUGAGACGCGCUCUGUACCUCAUACGAUGGCAACCAUGGUGCAAGAACCGUAUGUGAACCAUAUACCCACGUUAACGGGAGGGAUUGGAAGGGCUCGCCUUUCGGAGUUCUACCAAAACCACUUUAUUUUCGCGAAUCCUGAAGACGCGGAACUUGAGUUGAUUAGUCGGACGGUGGGUAUCGACCGUGUCAUUGAUGAGUUUAUAUACAAGUUCACACAUGACACGCAGAUUGACUGGCUGCUACCUGGUAUCCCACCCACCGGUCGCAAAUUAGCAAUACCAUUUACCGCAGUCGUCAACAUACGGGGUGACCGGCUGUACCACGAGCACAUUGCGUGGGAUCAACUGACUGCUCUGAUUCAGUUAGGUCUCAUGCCCGAAUAUCUUCCUUGGACACACCCCGCGCCUACGGGGGUGCAAAUGGGCACCAAGGCCAGGCUGGAGUAUCGAGUACCAGGAGCUGGGCGAGACACAGCGAAGAAGAUGAAGGAUAGGAACUCGGUGGAUUCGAAUGGAAUGUUUGGGCACGCACUUCGGGUUGUGGACGCUCUUCAGCCGGCUGUGUUUCCCAAACUCGCUUAG